GCGGCCAGGCCGUUGUUCAGACUUGGCUGCGCGGACACGGAGAAUGUUAGCAGGAAGCGGCCCUGCGGUGGUUCCCAACGGAUCGGCUCCCAGUGGAGCGGACAUGGCCUCCGGCCCCAGCGAGCGGGGCGAGCGGGCACCGGUGGCCCAUGACUGGAUGAGAGGCGGCAGAGGACACGUCUCCGCGGCGGACAUGGCCUCUGGCCCCCGAAUGCAGCAGGAGGCAGAUCGGCCGAGUGUCCUGGGUGUGGCCCACGGCGAGCACUCUUGGAUGACCGGAGGACAAGUCUCAGCGGCAGAUAUGGCCUCUGGGCCAGGGGUGCAGGAGGUGACUGUGAUGGACGCCAAUCCCUUCGCGCCCGCCGCGGAAAGAGACCCUGCACAACAGAUCGUUCACCAGCCCGAAGUGGUGCGGGAGGUGAACGUGAGCGUUUCAAGUGAUGCAAAUCCCUUUGCGUCCGCACCAGUGAACAUAAAAGCUUCGGAUGAUGCAAAUCCAUUUGCGUCCGCGCCAGUUGCUUGGAUGACAACCCAAACAGCACUGUGUGGCUCUUUUGUGGGGGAGAACCAGCAUUCGUGGCACUCUUUGGCACUGGCUGCAUGCACUUUAUGCACUUUUAGGCGGGCAAAUGCUAAGCAGUGCAGCCUUUGUUUCUUUGUGAAACUGCUUUUGAGCCCAUUUGUUCAGGAAACAGUGAAUGCUUCAGAUGCUGCAAAUCCCUUUGCUUCCGCACCGGUUGAUGCUUCAGAUGCCGCAAUCCCUUUUUGGUGCGCGCCGGUAAACGUGCAAGCAUCCGAUGACGCAAAUCCAUUUGCUUCGGCACCAGAACCGACAGUGAAUGCGGAGAACGACGCCGCAAAGGAGCCCUCGGGAUCGGCGCCAGUGAAUGUAGAUGAUCCGAAUGGUGCAAAUGACACUGAGUCCCCACCAGUGAAUGUGAACGCUUCAAGUGACGCAAAUCCCUUUGCGCCUGCACCUGUGAACAUAAAAGCUUCUGAUGAUGCAAAUCCAUUUGCGUCCGCUCCAGUAACCUUGAGUGCUUCAGAUGCCGCAAAUCCCUUUGCUUCCGAACCGGCGGAUGCUUCAGGUGCUGCAAUCCCUUUUUGGUGUGCCCCAGAACCAGUUGCGACAGAUGCUGCAAAUCCCUUGGAUUCAGCACCAGUGAAUGUGAAAGCUGCUGCAAGUGAUGCAAAUCCCUUCGCAUCCGCACCAGUGCAACUGGUAGCUUCGGACGAUGCAAAUCCAUUUGCGUCCGGGCCAGUUGAUGCUUCAGACGCCGCAAUCCCUUUUUGGUGCACGCCAGCAAAUGCAUCAGAUCCGCAGAAUGGCGCGGGGCUUUUUGCGUCUGUGAACGCGAAAGCAUCCGAUGACACAAGACCAUUUGCUUCUGCACCAGAACCGAAUGCCGCAGAUGCUGCAAAUCCCUUGGGAUCGGCGCCAGCUAAUGUGGACAUGUGGGGUGAGGUGAAUGUGAAAGCUGCUGCAAGUGAUGCAAAUCCCUUCGCAUCCGCACCAGUGCAACUGGUAGCUUCGGAUGAUGCAAAUCCAUUUGCGUCCGCGCCAGUAACCUUGAGUGCUUCAGAUGCCGCAAAUCCCUUUGCUUCCGAACCGGUCAAUGCUUCAGAUGCCGCAAACCCUUUUUGGUCUGCGUCAGCGAAUGCAUCAGAUCCGCAGAAUGGCGCGGGGCUCUUUGCGUCUGUGAACGCUGCGAACGCAGGCGGAGCCGACGGCCUCUUUGGUGACUCGCCGCCCAGUUGGUUCGAUCAAAUCGGAGGGAGCAGCUCUUAUUUCUGAGUGCACCUCGGACCCCAAUGCAUUUUCGUGUUUCACUUCGGCCCAAAAAA